GAGAACGACCUGGAGGAAAAUGAUUUGCCAUCAGGCCAGGGGGUACUUUUACCAAGGCGAGGGAAUUCUUACUUCCGGACAGUUUUACCAGUGAACCGAUUUACCGUUUACAGCAAUACCCUGACGAAGACACACAUCUUGUGCCAGCCGGGUGCAUGCUGCGGGGGGGGGGGGGCUGGGAAACUAUUUUGAAAACAUUAAUGUAACUUGAAGGUCUCUUUCGUUCCAUCGUACCCUCUGGUUCUGACGCCUUCAGCGUGAUAGGCUGUACACACUGCGUCAUCCUACUUCGGUGUUUUUCUCUGAAUAGUGUGACCUGAAUAAAUAGUGAUUAGCAAUGUCAGCCACUGCUGGGAAACCUAUCACCUGCAGGGCAGCCGUAGCCUGGGAGGCUGGCAAACCACUGAGCAUCGAGCAGGUGGAAGUGGGCGUACCUAAGCAAGGAGAAGUCCGAGUCAAGAUUCUGGCAACAGGUGUCUGCCACACUGAUGCUUACACCCUGAGUGGUAUCGACCCAGAGGGGAAAUUCCCUUGCAUCUUGGGCCACGAAGGAGGUGGUAUCGUUGAGAGUGUUGGCCCAGGGGUGACAUCUGUGGCCGUGGGGGACCACGUCAUACCCAUGUACGUCCCUCAGUGCCGCGAUUGCAAGUUCUGCUUGAGCCCCAAGACCAAUCUCUGCCAGAAAAUCAGAGUGACCCAGGGGAAAGGAUUGAUGCCUGAUGGGACCAGCCGAUUCACCUGCAAAGGUCAGGAAGUGUCCCACUUCAUGGGCACCUCUACCUUCAGUGAGUACACUGUGCUGCCGGAGAUAUCGUUGGCCAAGGUUAAUGAGAAGGCACCGUUGGACAAAGUCUGCUUGCUUGGCUGCGGCAUUAGCACGGGAUUUGGUGCUGCACUGAACACUGCUAAGGUGGAGGCUGGUUCCACUUGUGCUGUGUGGGGUCUUGGCUGUGUUGGUCUGGCUGUCAUCAUGGGAUGCAAGGCUGCUGGGGCAUCUAAGAUCAUUGGUAUUGACAUCAACAAUGACAAAGAGUCUUUGGCCAGACAGUUUGGAGCUACAGACUUUGUUAACCCCAAGAACUAUGACAAGCCUACGCCCCAGGUACUGAGCGAGAUGACUGAUGGUGGCCUGGACUACACAUUCGAGUGUAUUGGAAACGUCAAGACAAUGCGCGAGGCCCUAGAAUCCUGCCACAAGGGUUGGGGCGUGUCCACCAUCAUUGGUGUAGCCGGGGCAGGGCAGGAGAUCUCUACGCGCCCCUUUCAGCUGGUCACUGGGCGUGUCUGGAAGGGUACUGCCUUUGGAGGGUACAAGAGUCGUGACGGUGUUCCCCAGCUGGUAGAGGACUACCUGGGGGGAAAGGUCAAAGUCGACGAGUUUAUUACCCACCACGUCAACUUUGACCAAAUCAACGAUGCCUUUGAUCUGCUGCACUCAGGCCAAAGCAUCCGAACCAUUGUCCAUUUCUGAACUGAAGAGUUCCGCUGCGAGACCUACCCUCCGAGAGGAUGGGACUGUGCUAGAGGUAUUCAUUUGGAACCAGAACAAGUCUGUGUAAAAGCACAAUUUUUUUAGUUUUGAAAUGUUUCCAGUUGUAUCUGUUAUUAUGUAGGGGUACAUGUAGCAUACCUGAACAAAUUAUCAAAGUUUCCAAGUAUAAUUGGGUGUGAAACACACUUAGGGCUAAACCCAAUGGUCGGGCAUCAUUUCAAAAUUCGUAUCAGUUGACUCUAGGACAGGAUUAUCCGACCGAUAACAGUGACUUGUGUUGAGUGAAUAAUGGAUGGGGUGUUGCUCCACUGAAACCACAUAGCCUUGGAAGUAAUGCAAUAAAAAGGCAUUGUAUCAGUUAGAAUUGGCCACUUGAGAACACUUGACCUGAUAGCCAACCGACAAUAAAUGUAUCGGUCGGACCGUUCUCUCCGACACCUACCCGAUAAGAAUUUUGAAAUGGUGCCUAAAGGGGAUUUACGUUCAGUGGAAGAAACCCAGAAAUCCUGUGCUUUGAAUUUUUUGUUAUGCCAUUUAUGAUUGUAGCAUUAUUAAGGAAAAAAGGGUUUGAUGGAGUGCGACUUUGACCUAGUACACAUACAUUCAAAACAGGAUAUGAGCUGGCGACGGCGCUGUCCAUUAUCGGCACCAGUGCCAGACCCACUGUCAGUUUUAAAUGCACAUUUGAAACCGCUCAUUUGCACUUUCCUUCACUUUUAGCAACGACAUAUGCCUUGCGCGCGGUACUAAAGUCUCCUUAUUUGGGAGGUGUUGCAUGCAGCGCUACUGAGUGAUGCGAUACAGAAUACAGAACACACCAGGGCCGUGGUCAAGUUAAAUUGAGGCUCUGUGAGUGUGAUGGUGGUGAUUGCCGCGUACAAGGGCUAAAGGUCCAUAGAACAGGAGUUGGAAGUUCAUAUGAAGUUUUUAAAACCAGUAAGUAGGGUCAUCAGCCACUUGAAAUCACCCACAUGACAAGCUAUUGACCAACAGGAAAACUGGUGAAAGGUAUUGAUAAAUGAUUGGGAAAAUGCGUAGUCCAAAGUGAUUUUUUUAAAAAAUAAUUUUUGGAUGGUCAUUUUAUCAUGUGCCGUUGCAAAUAGGUUAGUUUAUGUUUCUUCAUUUCACUAAAGAUCUGAUUACAUUUGCCGCAGGACUUGGUAAAGAUCAUCUAUAAAAAACAUUCUCAGGUAUCUUUAAUUUUUAUAGCUUUAUCCUGCCUUGGAGAGGAUACUUAUUUCUUAGCGUUAAGAUGUCCUUAUUUUCAUCAGUCAAAACAAGACUGUACUUGUUUCAUCAAAAUCAUAUUGAAUAAUCACAAUUAAACAUCUCUUCAGCAAUGCCAAUCAAAUGGAUCUUGCGCAAGUAGAAAAGAUUUCAGAAUGUCAAUUUAACAAAAUAAAACUCACGUGUGUGACAGAUUACAUAAUGCGUGUUGGUGAGAUUAAGAAUUCCUUUCCCCCCCCCAGUAAAUAAACAAAAAUCAAAUUGUGUGUUCUCUAA